GGAAACAGAUAAACAUUAUUACGCACGUUCGGCGUCCACGCGUCCUCAGUUGAAAGUAAAACACAUUUAGUGAAGCUUCUUGAACCUCGUUACGUCCUUACUUUGCGCAGCAAAAACUACGUUUUUUCUACGUUUUCUUUCUGCUGUCGAGACAGUUGAGAGCACCGAAGUGACGCACAUCGUCAAUACCCGGUGACGCCACUUCGUCGUUCGUUCGGUCUUGUAUUCGUUGUACGCACAAGCUCGUAUCAGCAACGAAUGCACAUCGCUGCAUCGGCGAAGCAUCGCUGAUUCUUCUUUCGCGCGAGCACGUUGCGACGGCACGUAAGAGUACGCCGUAUCUUAAAAUAGACCGACGAAGAGAACGAAAGAGAAAGAAGGAGAAACUAAGUGACGGAGAGGCUGCUGUGCGAUCACGACGACAACAGGAACGGAGAAAUUCAGCUUCCCGCUGGCAAGAAAAACUUAAUGCCUGAGGGCGCGAGUCGCCGAUGAGGAACGCGAUAAAUCUCUGCUGAUUAACAUUUGCCACUUGUUGAUAAGAACAUCAUGGAUCUUGUCUAUAUGCCAGAGAUGUUUAUUUACGGAUCCUUCAGGAGUCCGCAAUACCGCGACUACGAGUUAUCUUGGAACAAGGAGUACCUUCAUAACCGAAAGUUAAACCAGACCCAGUUGCAACGAUAUCCUCCAGAACAACCUGAUCAAGUAAGGAAAGAGACCUGUCACUUGUGUCGAGAAACAAAAAGAAGGAGUCUAGCAGCGUACAUAAGGAGUAAAUCACGUAGCGAUUCCAAUCACGGAAUCCACGAAGAAGAAGAAGAAGCAGAAGAAGUAAAAGAAGGAGAGACAGUGGACGAUGGUAAGAAAGUGUCAAAUGUCGAGCAAAAUAAAUCCGCGAAAGCAUCUUGCGAUGCGCGGAAACAGAAAUAAUUACCUGAUAAUAAAGGAAAAAUAGUUCUUAAGAAGAACAAUAUAUAGAGGUAUGCAAAUAGUAUAAAAUCAUACUUUAACUUUAGUCUUAUAUCGUUUAAAUCUUAAUUAAUUUUGUGUUUUUCAUGGAUCUACUGUUACCGAAAAUAUAUUUCGGUAAAAGUACAGAAGAAAAAGGUUUUUUCUUAAUGUUCUGAUUUACAGUACAGUUGCAUGUACAACUAUAUUGUUUCAGAGAAUACGAUUUCUUCAUUGUUUUUAAAAGUAAAAAAUUGUUUUUCUAAUAAUAAACAAUUUUUUCAGAAACUUUCAGAAAAAAAAUAAGAAAAAAAAAUUAGACGAGAGAAUUCGGUAAAUAGAAUUUUAAAACUAUAAUCAUAUCAAUAUUUAUACUGAGAGUAUGAAUUUAUAUUGUAUGAAUUUAUAUUGAGAGUAUAAAUAAUUAUAAGCGAAUAUUUUAUUGCGAUUAUUGCCAAUUUUAUGUACUAUGUACAUACUUGCGUUAGUUAUUACAUAAUUAAUACAAGUACAUACAUAACACAUACAAAUAUUGCGAUAUUUUACAGUACAAAUUCUGAUGCUGGAAUAGUUUUAUUUCUCAUAGAUACAUUGAAAUUAAUAGAUUGUCGAUAGGAAGUCAAUCGCAAUAAAAGUAUUCCAUUUAUAUCGUCCGAAUGCACAAUGUACAAUUUAUGUUAAUAACACACACACACACACACACACACAUAUAUAUAUACAUAUAUAUAUAUAUAUAUACACAUUAUUAGCAUAAAUAUAUCUAAUAGUAUAUAAGUCGUUAAAAUAUAUCUAAUAGUAUAAGUCGUUAAAACAAUUCUAAAAUAAUUUUCAUAGUGAGAAAUGUAUAACAGCGAGUAUGCUUCAAUUUUCCUAUGAAAAUUGUGAAAAUUUUAGAUAUAUCUAAUGUACAAAAACACAUGCCGGGUACGCUUCAUUAUAAAUAGUAAGUUUUACCUGCGUCCUAGUCGCCUGAUAAAUAUAUAAAUUAUAAUGUAAAUAUGCUACAACAUAUACACAACAUUAUCAUAUUAUUCGUAUAAAUAUCUCAAAAGAAAGAAAAAAUAUCCGAAUUUGAGAUGAGACGUAUUGAAUUAUUAAAUUCACAUUUUUAUACGCAUUUUUAAAUGUUAUAUUUUCGUACACAUUUUUAAAUGCCUAUUUUACAAAGACUACUAUGAUCUCAGGUGAAUUUAAACAAUCGUAUCAAUGCAUGCUUGCGCGAACUGAAUUAUUCAAAUAAAGAUAUGAUUAUAAUUACAAAUUUUGAAUUUUACUCUCUAAUCUAUCUCAUAUAGCAAGUGUAAAAGAAGAAGGUAUAAUAGACAAUCAGAAAAAAGUCGCAAAUGCCGAACGAAAUAAACCCGCGAAAACAUUCCGCGCCAUAAAGGAGUGAAAAUAAUUGUAGUUAAUAGUAAUAAAAAUAUUAAUAAUUUUUAAGAAGCAUAACGUAUAAGUACGUGCAUAAUAAAGUUAAUAAUUUAAUAAUUAUUAAAGUUAAUAAUUUAAUAAUUAUUAAAGUUAAUAAUUUAAUAAUUAUUAAAUUUUAUAAUAAUUAUUAAUUUAGUUAUUAAAUUUAAUAAUUUUGAUUAUUUUUUUGUUUCAUCAUACCAUUGGAUCUAUCUCUGUGUACGGAAAAUAUAUUUUAAUAAAAGUACAAAAAGUUUCUUCAAGGUUUCUUUUUAUAACUUUCUGUCUUAUAAUACAGAUGCGCAUGCAGUAAGAAUUUUGCUUCCUUAUUAUUUAAAAAAUGAGCAAUAUUUUCAGAAAUAGAUGUGGAUUCAAAUGGAUUCUUUCUCCCGAUAAGUAGAAAAAUAAUUAAGAGAUUAUAUUUUUAUUAUACUUAAAUUUUGUUAUUAUAUCGCAAAAUACAAUCGUACAAAAACUCAAUUUCAUUAUUUAAAAAGAAUUCAUUGUUCAACAUAACGAACGUCUCAUAAUUCGUUGCUUGAUGUACACAACAUAAGACUGAAUAAUACAAUCGUACAUUUAAGAUGUAUAGCCAAGUUAAGAAUAUAUAAUACAUCGGCAUCAUAAUAUAAAAUAUUAAUGUUAUACAUUGUACUUAGAUCCCAAGGAUAACAUAUUAUCAUUAAAAACAUGACUAUAAAUGUUAUAAAUGAGCAUCACAUCAAAAUUAAGAUGAUAUACUAUUACACCUAUUCUGUUUUAUGUUAUGUCAUAUUUUUAUUAUUAUAUAAGUAACUGUCUUAUCAUAUAUAAUAAAUUAUAUUAUUGUCACAGUUUUCACUCUA